GAUGAUUGACAGGAGUAUGGAGUACCUGGAAAUCAGACGCUUGCGGAGCGAAUCAGCCAGAGGGAUGUGGACUCUGAAGCGGCGUCGAAAAUAGUGAAACGUCCCCGGGAAAAUAGCCGAACUAGUCGCUCCGAUAGACUAAAACAUACCUAUACGUAUGAAAAGAAGACCUGGAGAGGAUUAAAUCGUAAAUUCCAUUAUUUUUGUUUCUCCGGAACGCUAACGUUACCCUAAAUAUCGGCCUUUCGCAGUGCCAAUGCUGUGGUCUCGUGAAAGGAGAGGAUGACUGUUUGAUUGUGUUACAUUGCUCACCGCAUCGCCUUCCUCUCUCUCUUUCUGAUUCGGACCUGCUAUGAUGGACUCGAAUGCAAUGAGGAAGACUUUCGUGGUCCCGGAUAUAAAGCCAUUGGAUCAGUAUGAUUUGUCCCGAGCCAAAAUCUGCGCCAGUGUUGGGUGGCUUCUGGCGAAAUCUUACGGCAAUGCAGAGAAUGUCCCGUUGGAGCUGCGAGACCCGUUCUACUGUGAUCAGUAUGAGCAAGAGCACCUGAAGCCUCCUGUCACGCGCCUCCUGCUGUCCCCUGAGCUCUACUGUCGCACUUAUGGCCUUGUGCUGGGUGGAAGCCCCGGGGCCGAGGGACCCCCCAAAGACAUCCCAGCACUCCUACAGGUCCUGGGCAGGAAGGGCUUGGCACCCAAAGACCAGAAUGCCCCUGUGACAGAGACCGAGCUCCGGCAGAAGCCCAUCAAAAUGAGUGCCCACUUGGAGUUGAUGGAUGCCUUGAUGGCAGUGGGUGCCAUGGAGACGGUGCGCACAGUCUUGGCGAGUGGCGGAUCGGAGCUAUUUGGUACAGAUGCAACCUGGGACAGAGCCCUGCUUUCCUGGGUGAAUACGCUGAAUCAAAAACUAAAAGAACAAACAGAUGGAACACAAAAUGACGCAUCUCAGCCUAGUACUCAACCAGAGCCUGUUCAACCUUCGAUCCGGUACAGGAAGGACAGGAUGCAGUCUAAGCUCAAACCCCAUUUUCCUGUGGUGAGUGGAGUGAAGGAUCUCUCAAACGGAUGUGCUAUUGCUGCAGUUAUUCACCAUUACUGUCCUGGUCUACUGAGAUUAGAAGAUGUAUGUAUGAAGGACUCCAUGUCUGUGGCUGACAGCCUGUACAACCUACAGCUGAUUCGGGAGUUCUGUGACAGCUGUUUAAAGAGCUGCUGCCCUCUACAGUUGGAAGAUAUGCUCUACAGCCCAGCAGAAUUAAAGAUAAACAUAGUGAGCUUUCUGGCAGAGCUCUUGUAUUGGUUUGAGGUCUCAAAGCCAGAGUUUGUUCAGCCCCUACAGGAAUCUGAGCUGACUGAAACAUCUGGAAGGACCAGCAAUGGCAAAAGCGCGUCAAGCAACAGUGGUUCUCCGUCUAUUUUCAAAAUGCCUUUCCUGCCCAUCUCUUCCCCUGUGACUGCAGCAACAGGAUCUCUGACUCAGUCUACCUCAAUGUCUCAUGUAGAGGCAGCAGGAAGAACUUGGACUAAGAAACCAAUUAGCCGUCCCCUGUCCUCUGCUGUGUCCUUUAGUAUUCCUUUUGGACUGGACAGUGAUGUGGACAUUGUGAUGGGGAACCCUGUUAUAACUCGGUCUGUCAGUUCGGACAAUCUUAACCCUGCUGGACAAUCCAUGACACAUGUCCCAUACACACCCCCAGAGGACCUCAGUCACUUGCUUAGUAAAGCUCCUGGGCCAAAUGGCCCUCAAAGAGCUUCUUGGGCCACUCGAACUCGUCCGAUGCUAGCUGAAGAGAACGGCAUUGAUGAUAGUGAAACAGGAGAGCUACCAACCAUUGAAGAGGCACUGCAGAUCAUCCACAACGAUGAGAAGAUAGAGCCUCGCCUUCACCCGGACGGGGCACCUGAUGGUUUCUACCUGCAUUCGCCAGGUGAUUCAGCAACUGCUAGACUUAAUGGCAGCCCAGUGACUCUCAGCUCUUCAGCCCCAUCCCGCUCAGGAAUGCUCUACCACCGAUCCUCAGGAGUCCCGCCAGAGCCAAGCCGCACCAGACACCCCUCAGGGGGAUCCAGAGAUGAUGACUCUGUAUUAAGAGAUGGUAGUGUGGAUUCGGAUGCCUCGGAAGAUAUUCCAAAAACUCAAUCCACCCCUGCCACACCUGCCUCGGGUCCUCGCAUAACACAACCGUGUGGUGAAGAGACACCGGAUAGUGGUGUUAGGAUGACCAAUUUUGCCAAACGGAAGAAGAAACUUGUUUCAGAACAGGAACAACCCAGUGAACCACCGGCCCCACAGAUGACUACAUGGGCCAAGAAAUCAGAGGAGAGUCCUAGUAAGAGUCCUGCUCUCAACAAUGAAAUGUCAGAGCUAGGGGCAAGGCUGGAGGAGAAGCGGAAGGCUAUUGAGGCUCAGAAGAAGCGUAUAGAGGCCAUCUUUGCCAAACACCGGCAACGGCUGGGAAAAACGGCCUUUCUGCAGUUAAAGAAGGAGCAAGAGGAUGGGGAUGGUGAGGAAGGACGUCAAGGGGAGGUUGGUACCUCUGUAGAAGAUGACAUCAGCCGUUUGGCGCUAGAGGAGAAACUGGCACGCUUGGAGAGCGAAGAGCAGCAAGAGGAGGAAUGCUUGAAAACGGGCCCCUCAGUAGAAGAAGAGGGAAAUAUCAAGCCCUCUGUCCAACAAGACAAUCUGGGAGAGAAAGAAAAAGCUGGAUUAGGAGUUCCUGGAGGAAAAGGCACGGCCCCUCUGGGAGAUUACAACAAUGCUGUCACUAAACUAAGUGCUGCUCUCAAUUCUCUCCAAAAUGAUAUGCAGCGCCUCUCGGAGCAGCAGAACCAGCUGAUGAAGAAGAAGGCAGCUCCUAACAAUCAGGCUUGGGUCAUCCCACCCAGCUCCAAACCCUCAACAACUGCACCUUCUCGUUUGUCAAGGGAGUCCACUCGUGACCUGCCCUCUGCCUCCUCUUCUCCUUCCCCAUCUCGCAAGAUUGCAAGUCACACCGCUCCCCCCAAAUCACCAUCAUCCCACCGUAGGGCACAGUCUGCACCUCCAAAAAGCCCCAAAUUGCAUCACCACCCUCGACCUGCAGAGCUCAAGACUCCUAUUUCCACAAGAGUUAUUACUCCCCCUCAAAGUGUUGACAGUCUCCCUCGUUUGCGAAGAGCAUCCCCAUGGCAGUGCAAGGAUCAGAACUCAUCCUCUUUCAGCAUAGGUACCUCCAGUCAGAGUGAGUCCCGCUCAGCUUCGUCCCUGGCUAGACCAGAGGACACCUUCUCAGACACCGGCUCCAGUGAGGACCAAACAAUCUUCAGUAUGGACCUGGAUAGCGGAUCCUCACAGAUUCUGCCCCGAAAGGAGCGCCAGGGUGGUGGCAGCAGCUCAGGAGCUCCUUCUGAGUGCUCCUUUGAGAGUGACGUUCCUGCAGCAGCUUUCAAUGGCAAACGCAACAGCCUUAUCGAGAUCUCACUGUCCUCUCUCAAAGCAUUGGAGGGUGAAGAAGCCGAUCAGGGCCAGGAUAUCUUCUCCGAUUCAAUGAGCGACCAAACGGAGCCAGAAACUAGGGGUGGAGUUGGAUUCUUCUUCAAGCAGGAUGAAGCUCGACCUGAGGAUGAGAUGGAGAGGAGAAGAGCUGCAUUACUUGAGAAACAACAGAAGAGAGCAGAGGAGAUGAAGAGACGAAGACAGGAACAAGAAAGAGAGAGGGAGGCAAGUAGGUCAUCUUCAGUGGAUGAGCCUCGCAGAGGAGAGGAGAGACCCCGAACUCCUGUUACCCCUCCACCUCCACGCACCCCUCCACCAGAGGGCACUCCUCAGCGACGUGGAGACUUCACCCGCCAGGAGUAUGAACGGCGACAUCAGCUAAAAAUAAUGGAGGAUCUAGAUAAAGUUCUCCGCCAGAAACCCACUACAGUAAGAGGCGUCAAGAAGCAGAGGCCCAAAACAGUGUUCAGAGACGACUCCGACCUCUCUCGCAGCCCUGCCAAAGGGUUUAUGGGUUCUAGACUAAAUAAAGUUUACUCCCAUUCAACCAUGAAUCUGUCCUCCAUGGCCAAUGACAGUGGAACGCUAACUGUCAGAAAAUCUCCCAGUCGUUCUCAUUCACCAUCUAGACCGCGAUCUCCAGGCCGUCUUGCUGCACAGAAUGGGGACUGGGAAAAUGGAUCUACUAUUUCAUCCCCAGCUUCUAUCCCAGAAUACACCGGACCGAAACUCUACAAGGAGCCAAGCUUCAAGUCCAAUAAGUUCAUUAUCCAUAAUGCCAUCUCUCGCUGUUGUUUGGCAGGCAAGGUCAACGAACCGCAAAAAAACAAGAUUGUAGAGGAAAUGGAGAAAAGCUCUGCGAACCAUUUCCUCAUACUGUUCCGGGAUGCCAGCUGUCAGUUCCGGGCAGUUUACACCAUGAACCCCGAGACGGAGGAGAUGGUUCGGCUCACAGGUAUUGGGCCGCGUGUUAUCAGUCUCGCUAUGGUGGAGUCGAUCUACAAGUACAGCUCUGACCGCAAGCAGUUCACUGCCAUCCCGUCCAAGACCAUGUCCAUGAGCGUGGAUGCCUUCACCAUUCCCAACCACCUAUGGGAGCGCAAGCGCCCAGGAACCCCAAAGAAGCUUGGGACCCCGAAAUAAAGGCUGCUGGAAAUGCCAACUAUGCCUGAGCUGGCCACGUCACCCUGGAUUUCUGUCCCCGCUCCGGCAGAGUACCAGGGUACAGUGGAGUGCAUGCCUGGAGAAGGAGUGGGAUAACUAAAAAGAGGCCCUAAUCCUAAGACCCGAAAAUCCUAAAAUAAAGUCCUCUCAGAAGUUUAUAGUGGUGGACUGUGCAAAACCCUUACAAAGAUCCAUUCAGAAAUCUCCAUUGCCAUUUUCUUAAGGUAUCUCAAGUGAACACAAGUCAUAUUUCAAUGGGCCUGAUUGGUUUUCUAAGACUGUACAAAAUGUAUCCUUGGCAUUUUAGAUGCGACUUUCCAGUCUAAGUAAAAUGAAUGUCCUCCAGAAAACGAUCCUCAGAAAUCUUCCAGCUCCUUCCCUCCUUUACUCACUGAACUGGAUCCAUUGACAUGUAAAGGAUGCCCCGGAUGAAAUUGGAUCUUCGCUCUUUGAUGAAUGUAGGGCACAAACCAACACAGGCCUUCUUAUCGUCUUGUUUAUCGUCAUCAGCUUCUCAGUCUUAAGGGACUGAAUGUAGAACUGUAUUACAAGGGGGCACAGCCACUCUCCUUUGCCAUGUCAUGUGAAAAAUCCCCUUGCUGCUGUCCAUUUCCAGUCUGUAUUGCUCUCUAAUCAAACCGCCAUGUCGUUUAUCCUUCCUAAAGUCAGUCAGAGACAUCUGGAUGCUUGCUUCGGACCUAAUCUAACUGGAUCACUCAAGGUUUUGGACCUCAGGAGAGCAUGUUAAAGACUCAGAUAUUUUUCCUUCCCGUUUGCUUUAAGAAUGAAUGAAAAAGCGAAAAGAUGCCAGAACAUGCUGUUGAUUUCCAUUAAUGAUACUCGAAAAAAUGAAGGAAGUCUUUUUACUCUGUUUAGCUGUAACUGGAAAAAUAAUGUAACGAGAAGAGAAAAAAAACAAGGCUGAUUUAAUAUACUGUAUAUCUGAAUGCUGUUUAUUGCCGAUUCUUUCAUUUUUGACAAUGAUUUGUAUAUUGUGGCGAUUUGUAAGCAAUGAAUAAGCUACCCUUGCUGCUUCACUACUAGAGCUGGAUGUGCUGGUGUGAAUGAGUGUGUGAGCGGGACCGGGAACAGAACGAGACGGAUGGUGAGAAACAAUAAAGGCAAAUCUGAUAUUAACUCUCACUUAUGUACCCAGAGCUGAAUGAACAAGUAGUCCUGUUUGGUGUAAUGCAUACUUACACCCCGACAUGCAGCAGCACAUAGUGAUAUACCAAUAGUAAACACCAACAGAAAGUGAUAUUAAACAAUUGCUAAAAGGAAGUGAUAAAAAGCAGAUGAGCAGCCCUGGUGUCUGCAGCCUUAAACAGUUAUUAUGUUGUUUAUACUACUACGAUCUAUGAAUUGUCUCCCAACUGUCUAACUUGGCCUUAUGCGUUUCUUGGAUGGCUUGAAGUGGUCUUUUUGUAUGAAAAAAAGGGCAUUAAGUCUGUUUCUCUUUUAUCAAAGCACUAAAACAACUGAUUCAGUCAGGCCACCCUUUCCUGUUUUCGAAGGAUCAGAUGAAGUACUUUACAGAUUUGCUGUAAAGAUGUACAUAUUUUUGUAAAGAGCCAAAAAAAAAAAAUCAUUUUUGAAGUGAUUGGAUAAUAUGUUUCUGUCAAAUGAAUGGGAGAUGUGUAUUUGUGUGUAGGUUGCAUGUGUUUGUCUGUUGGUGAAACAUGAAGGUGUAUUGUAACUGGAUUCUGUGCAAUUGUGUAGAAUGUUAGGUCACCUAAGGUAUAUGUAUUUAUUGGGUAAGGAUGAGCUAGAGUUUUCCGUAUAGUUCCAGAUUUUAUUAUUUAUGUUAUGGCAAAUGUGGUGAUUCACGCGUUCAUUUCAGAAAGCGCAUUAAUGUUUUCUGUUUUUCUUUUACCGUUUCCAUGUUCAUGUUGGUAGAUUUUGUUUUCUCCCAAAUACUUUGAUUAUGGAUUAAUCCCAUGUGACAGGAUUAGAAAAAUAAAAUCAUUUUUAAAUAA